AUCAAAAAAAAAAUAUCGUCAGUAUGGCCUUAACUUCUCUUAGACGGCUUGAAGGGAAAGUAGCCCUAAUAACUGGCGGCGCCAGCGGCAUCGGAGAGGCCACCGCCCGAUUAUUUUCCCGGCACGGAGCGAAGGUUGUUAUAGCGGACAUCCAAGACGAAUUAGCUCGCAAUGUGUGCAAAGAUUUAGCUCCGGCCACGUUCGUCCACUGCGACGUGACCAAAGAAUCCGACGUGGAGAGUGCCGUGAACACGGCGCUCUCCACAUACCGGAAGCUAGACAUCAUGAUAAACAACGCCGGCAUCAGCGAAUCUAAACAACUGAAGAUCGUAGAAACCGAGGUUUCCGAAUUCAAGCGCGUGGUGGACGUGAACCUCGUGGGCGCGUUCCUGGGGACGAAGCACGCGGCCCGGGUGAUGAUCCCGCAGCAGGGCGGGAGCAUCAUCACGACGGCCAGCGUGUCUUCCGUGAUGGGCGGCACCUCACACGCCUACACGAGCUCCAAGCACGGGGUGGUGGGCCUGAUGAGGAACGCCGCCGUGGAGCUUGGGGCCCACAGGGUGCGUGUCAACUGCGUGUCGCCGUAUAUCUUGGCGACGCCGUUGACUACGGGCUCGGGGGGAUUGGACGGCGACUGGAUCCGAGGGUGUUAUAGCAACCUAAAAGGAGUGAAUUUGAAAGCGGAAGAUGUGGCUGAGGCGGCUCUCUAUCUGGCGAGUGAUGAAUCCAAGUAUGUGAGUGGACAUAACCUUAUGGUUGAUGGAGGAUUUUCCGUCAUGAAUAAGGCCUUCAACCUAUUUGAGCUCCUCAAUUAAAGGUCAACUUUCCUACUCUCUCCGUCCAUCCGUUCGAAUGAAAUCUACCUACCAUUUACGGUAAAAGUGAAUCGAAACUCCUAAUGGGUAGACGAACUAAAAUGAUAAAUUGGGCCUCUAUAGGCUAACGGAUGGAGUAUUAUUUUAUAAUAAUAACAAUAAAUAAAGUUUUAUUUGGUUGUAAUCAUUAAAUGGAAGUUUGGAAUAAAGAAAUGGGGCAU